AUGCGCGCUGUAAUUGUAUUGGUGAUGUCAUGGUCACCAGCAGAACGAAUCAAAGCUGGCGCCAAAGUCAUCCUCUCAGACUGUUGCUCCUCUGCGGAGUCGUACGAAAAGCGUCGCGAAGAUCUAUGGACCCACGCGAUCCUCAUCUGUGACUGCUGGUUAUGCAAAGACGACCGUGCAGACGGCGAAUCUGCGCUCAGAAGACGAGACCAGCUGACCGAUGAAUUCUUCCGGGAUGCUGUCUGCGACUACAUUAACAUGAAGAUGUCCAAGGGCUCGCCGGAGGAACGCGACCACGCCAAGAAGGAACUUCUCAAAGCUCUCAAGGCCUUGGGAAUGGGGACUGCGGGUGUCGUACCCAGUUCAGAAGGAACUUCAAGCUCCCAACAACAGAAUAUUAACCGUCCAAUCGAAACAGAUCGUGGUGCAGAUGCCUUUUAUCAUCAUGCGGCGUUUGGCUUAUGA